AUGGAUGCUCAUGCAAAUGACUACAAAGCCAGCGAGCAAGCAGGGCCAAUUCAGGAGCCGAAACUUUUGGACGAUGACGGCGGCAUUGAUCCAGAAAACGAAAUAACUGGCCCUCGACUACUCUUAGUUCAUACCGGUCUCUGUCUCUGCACACUUUUAGUUGGCUUGGAUUUCAAUUUGAUUGCCACUGCUGUGCCGGUCAUCACAUCUCAGUUCAACUCAAUUGGGGAUGUUGGCUGGUAUGGAGGGGCGUUCUACAUUGCCCUAUGCGCGACUCAGCCGCUGGCAGGCAAGACGUUUACUCUGUUUGCAAAGAAGUGGACCUACUUGGCCUACGUGGCUAUCUUUGAGGCGGGCAGCUUGGUAUCUGCAUUAGCGCCCUCGUCCGCAGUUUUCAUAGUUGGUCGAGCCAUAGCUGGUGUCGGGGCAUCUGGUAUCUUCGCUGGCGGCCUUGUCAUCCUGACUACCGUGAUCCCCCUCCACAAGCGCGCUAUUUGGACUGGCACAAUGAACGCGACAUUCGUCGUGGCUAGUGUCAUUGGUCCUGUAGUUGGCGGUACUCUAACGCAACAUGUUACAUGGCGCUGGUGCUUCUACAUCAAUCUCCCGAUUGGAGGCUUCUCUAUUGCGGUCUUCAUGCUAUUCUUUCACAUCAAGCCGGCAGCAACGGAGAAUGCACGCCCACUGCAGAAGCUCAAGAAGCUAGACGGCAUCGGAUUCAUCCUUUUCGCCGGUGCAGUUACGAUGCUCCUUUUGGCCCUGCAGCUCGGGGGAACAAGUGCUCAGUAUGCAUGGGACUCAUCUCAGAUUAUCGGAAUGUUCGCCGGCUGUGGUGCUACAAUGGCAGUAUUCGUGGCCUGGCAGGUCCACCUCCAGGAUUCGGCACUGAUACCACCUAGGCUGUUUGUCAAUCGUAACGCCCCGCUUAUCUUCGCGUCUGCGGUCUUCUCAAACGGGCCUUUUCAAUGCAUUGUUUACUGGCUGCCAAUAUGGUUCCAGGCUGUGCUUGAAGUAUCCCCGACAGCGAGUGGAGUCAGGUAUCUCCCCACUGUCAUUGCAGACGUUGUGACAUCAAUCUUUGGUUCUGCACUCGUCACAUACUGGGGGUGGUGGAACCCCUUCCUGACAUUUGGAAUGGCGAUGAUCUCUCUCGGCGGCGGGCUUCUGUCAACCAUUCACCCCGGUAUCUCAAACGGUCAUUGGAUAGGCUAUCAGAUUCUGGCUGGAAUCGGGUACUCCCUCGCCGUCAACAUGGUCAGUCUACUGCUGCUACUAACUAGUAACUUUGAUUCUGAUGUCACACUUAUUAGGCUCAUAUCGGCGUCCAAGCUUCACUACCACCCAGCCUCGUUCCCCUCGGCGCAACGACUCUCUUAUUUGUGA